GUUUAAGAAGUUGCGCCUUCUUCAGAUCUUAGAUGGUAUUAACAUUUUCAUUCUCACCUGCAUCGGUUGUGGAACCUGACUGCUUACGAAAUGUAGUUAAGUUGGCAAGAGAAAACAAUUUACUUCUUUCGGAAGAAACUUGCUGGUGCUUGCUGGACUCAUGUCUGUCGAAAAUUCCGUUGAAGAAAACUUACCAACUUCUAGAUGAAUUAUACAGUACUGAAGAGCUAAGGUUUCCAGAAGGUAGCGAGUUUGCAGUUGAGUCCAUACGUGCCAGAUCUGUUAACAAAGGUGUUGUUUUCUAUUAUGUAAAAUGGGUUGGGUGGCCACCUGUGUUCAAUACAUGGGAGCCAGAAUCUAAUCUUCAUGGAUGUGAGGAUUUAAUACAAAAAUUUAUUGAAUCUUAUGGUUCGACGAUUGGAAUGCUUCCGCCUGAUAAUCAACCUGAUAGAAAAUCACAGGUUCAGGAAGUGAUGGAUCGAUUGAAGGAAGCUGUCAAUACAUCUGGGUCUCUACCAUUAUAUCUACUUGAACGAUUUUCUAGUCUCCAACCUGAUCCUACUAAUAGCCUUCGACCAUACAAACACUUACCCACCAUAAACAUCGAAAAGCUUUUUUCAUCACAAAUAUCACAAGGCAUUAUAGAAUCUAUUUCACUCAAGCGACCUCCCAGUGUCGCUGAUCUCUUGCCAGUUUCUACCAAACGUAUUCGUCUUAGUCGGAAAGAUAAACAAGUGUUAGAUUCUGCUCUAAGUGCUUUUCAACAAAAACUCAACACUGUAUACUCAAAUGAAGCACCAAUCACUGUCGAAAAUUCUGUAGAUUCUGAAUGCCCACCAGUUGAAUUCCAGCCGAUUCCAGAUUAUUUACCUGGACAAGAUGUAUUCUUACCAACCAAAGCUCCUAUUGGAUGUGAAUGUACGAUGGACAAUUUGGAUCAGUCAGAGCUAGCCAAAAUUCGUAAAGCAGAUGGAAGCAGUUCACCAGUUAUAUAUCCUUGUUGGAUCAAUAAACGACGUAGUUGUUGUGCUGUUCGUGCUGGUGCAGUUCCACCCUAUGACAAACGGAAAAGGCUCGUUGCCCCUCCUGGUCAUCCUGUUUAUGAAUGUAACUCCUUAUGUCCAUGCGAUUCGUCUUGUCCAUUUCGUGUUGUUCAACUUGGACGGAAAGUUCCUUUGUGUGUCUUCCGUACACGUGACCGAGGAUGGGGCGUUAAAACGGUGGUCCCCAUUAGUAAAGGGACAUUUGUCGUUGAAUACUUAGGAGAGAUUCUUAAUUUUGAUGAAGCAGAAAAACGAGGAAUAAUAUACGACAAACAGACUAUGACAUAUCUUUUCGAUUUGGAUUUCGAAGGUGAUGCUUAUUACACUGUAGAUGCUUCUCAGAUGGGAAAUAUAUCACAUUUUAUUAAUCAUUCGUGUGAUCCCAAUCUCACAGUUCGUUGUGUUUUUAUUGAGUGUCUCAAUACGAAGUUACCCCGUAUUGCGCUUUACGCGUCUAGAUUUAUAAGGAAAGGUGAAGAACUUACAUUCGACUACAAUAUGACUGGUGCUGUGGCUGCGGACACUAGUGCAGUUAUAGAUGGUGCCGGAGAGGCAGAAACUCCUUCAGAAACCCAGUCAGGGUCAUCGAAUAAUGGUGGGAAGAGUCCGACCCCAUCUUCUUCCUCAGUUGACGUAACUCCUGACACAAGCAGUGAGGUGUCUUUCGAUAGCAAAUCUCUGGGAUCUAAAAUAGAAAAACACUGAACAACCGGGACAAAAAUAACAAACACAAUGUGUCUGUUAGGUUAUUGGAACUAAAAAGCUAUCUUUUGGUCCAGUGGAAGUUCAUAUGCGACUGGUUCAUGGAGUACUUCAUGUCAGAGAUUUCCAUGUUUGAAUUUUGAAUAUAUCCGUCUCCUUGAUGUAAAAUACGAAAUAUCGCAGCCGUAUCUCUUCUCGGUCCGCUGAUGUUCAGAGAUCUUCCAAAGCUUUCUGCUAUGAUGAGAUUUCUUUAUUCCUGACAAUAAAAAACGUUUGUCAUGAAUUAUUCAAAUAAAUUUGUUGUUCAAUAUUUUACCACUUAUUUCUUUUUCAGCUGAAAAUUUCGUUAAAGUUUGAAAUAGUUGAUUUGAGAAUAGGUUUAUAAACUUAAACUGUAUGAAUAUAAUGAUUGGGGUUGGUACAAUAUGUCAACACUAAACAUUAUUUAUAAACAAUGUAGUGUAUAGAUAUAUUCACUUAUCAUCGGAAUGAAAGAAAUCAUUGAUCUAUUCCC